AUGAAGUACACUUCUUCAAUCAUGCUUGCUUGCUCGGGUGACAUUGCGUCUGCUUUCGUAGGACCCCACAAUCUACCGCGAACGAACGGCAGGGAAGCAAUGAAAACAGCGUCGGAUAGUAGCGCAAUCACUACCCGAAAGGAGGUGCUCCAACACAUUUUUGGAGCCGCUGGCUUUCUUGCCACGUCUGUAACAUUCAUGCCCUCGAGCGCUAGCGCAGAUGUAUCCUCUGGUACUGCCUUGCCUCAAGGAGCAGCACAAUUCAAUCGGGUCGUCCGCGUCAAAUCGGAUCUUACGGCUGUCAGGAAGCGUGUGUCAGAAGGCGGUUCGGAGAUCGAUAAGAAGGAAUGGGACAAUAUUGGCAAAUUCCUUCGAACGGUUUACUCGACCGGAGACGACAUGAAAGCGGUAGGCGGCGGAGUGUUGGAUCCAGAAAAUAAGAAACGUGCCAUGGAGGAUGUCUCUCAAUUACGAAAAUACGCGCAAGCUGGAGACGUUUCCGUCAGCAAAAAAGAUCCUAUCGGAAUGUUGGCUGUUUUGAAUAAGAUGAUUGGGCUCAUGGACGACUUUUUCGAUGCUUUGAGCGACAUUCCCGACGAAAUCUGA